AUGGUGCAAAUAUCACAAGACACAUUGCCUAUUCUUGUACUUAUUGCUGUCAUAUUAGCAGGUGUAACAUUUAUUGCAGUUACAAUUGUUAUUAUUUGUUUAUUAUGUAUUAAAUAUCGUUCUUCAAAAAAAUCUACUGAUGAAGAACAUUUGUCAACAAAAUCUUCUACUACUCAUAGUGCUCGUUCGUCACCUGCUCCUUCAUCGGCAUCAUCAUUAUCAGAAGUAUCAGUUAGAUCGAAUUCAACAAAAACUCCUGUAGUGACAAUUCCUAGAAAAAAACAACGACCACCAUCAGUGCCACUAUCAGAUUAUCGUUCCGAUAGAAUUUCUGUUAUAGAUGAAGUUUCUUCGGAUGAUGAAACCACACAUAAACAAGUUAUUAAACAUGACAAAAAACACAAUACGAUAGUUAGAAAUGAUAGUCAAGUAAAUACUCAACGUUAUAUACAAAGACAACAACAAAAACAAGAAAAACCAAUAAAACCAAUAACAGAUGUUCGAUUUAUUGAUCGACAUACACCUUAUCCACCUGAUGUUAUUGAACGUGAACGAUAUAUGAUGGCUAAUCGUGGAUUUCGAAGUACAUAUGAUCAAUAA